AUCGACAUUUACUUUGCUCAGUAUGCAUAUUUGGAAGAUGUGGGGAAGGACUUGAAAUAUUUGGAAGAAAUGCUAGCGGGAAUAACUAACAUGGCCAUCGGAGAGAAAGCAGGGAAAGAACAUUAUGAAAAUACUGAAUAUUUCCAAGGGAAAGCAAAAGGGUUUUCAAAGCGAAAAUAUGUUGGCACCAUCACCAGUUUUGGUGAAGUGGGAACAUCAGGAAUAUGUGCAAGUCGUCAACAUCCGGGGAUUAUGUAUGCCAUUAUUGAUGGCCCUAAAGACAGAGCUGAUGGCUAUGACAGCAACAUAUAUGCUUUCGAUGCAAAUAAUGCUUCACUCGUCACCAUGAUAAGUCUGGAUGUUGUCAAUGUUGACUGGGAGGAUAUUGCUUGUGGUCCUUGUGAUACGAGUGGUUUGGGACAUUGUAUUUAUGUAUCUGAUACUGGACAUACAGGAGAAGGUCCUGUUAAUCUGAUCUACAAGGUGCAGGAACCAGAGGAAGUGAUACAGGGUCGUAAACUGUCUCUCGGGGAGGACGAAAUCGAGGUCAUCGGCUUUGAAACAAGUUUAGAGAACAGUGAAACACUACUGGUUUCACCAAAUGGUCGACUAUAUAUCAUGGAUGGAAUUGAAGACACUGACGGAAUGUAUAAGAUCGUUGAUGGAGAAACUAAAUUCCUCUUUCAUGUAGCCUUACCAAAGGGGAGGUGGUAUGGAGGGCUGUGUGGUGGAGAUGUAUCUCCUGAUGGUAAAGCAGUCCUCUUAAAGUCCAAAGAGGAUGUCUUCUAUUGGUAUGUUGAAGAGGAAGAAGACAUGGAGUCGGUGCUAACGGAUGCCAAGCAGGCUGAGAAGCUCCCUUACUUACCAGAACUAAAUGGCCAGUCUAUUGCCUGGAGUCUAGAUGGCCAGUCCUACUUUACUGUAUCUGAAGGUGAAAACGAACCCUUGUUUCGAUAUGACAGACUUACCUGACACCCGAGGGGAGGGAAAAAACGAAGCAGUGGGCCACACAACAUUACCAUGUUCUUUAUUGUUUAUAGAGGCUUUAAUAACAUGAAAAUUGCUGUAUGUCAUGCUUUUGAAAGUGUUAUACU